AUGGCUGCUUCCGUAGUUCAAAACCCAUCUUCUAAGCCGGAAUCUAAGUCUGCAAAGAAGAAGAAGGCCAAGACUGAAGCUGUCGACGUGCAAAAGCCCGCCGCACAAGCAGAUGUUGCUGUUACAGAAAAGGCCUCGUCCACUAAUGCUGAAGAGAACAGCAAUGGAGAUGGAGCAUACGAGAGUCCAUAUAUCAAGGAGCUCUACAAGAGCAUCCGUAAUGUCAACAAGAAGAUCACCAACGCUUCAAAAGUUGACAAUGUUCUCGCCGAAAACCCAGGCAAGAGCUUGGACGAAUUGGUAGCUACUCGCAAGAUCAAUGCUGACCAAAAGGCACAAAUUUUGAAGAAGCCAUCCCUCCAAGCAUCUUUAGCCCAGCUUGAGGAGCAAAUCGCACAAUAUAAGAAGUUCGACCAAGAAUACAAGACAAAGCUUCAGUUGGAGAAGGCCGAAUUCGAAAAGACUUUCAAUGAGCGUGCCAGCAAAGAACUCGAGGAGAAAGUCAAGGCUGCUAAGGAUUCUGUUGCUAAGGAAAAGGCUGAAGAACAAGAGAGUAAUUUGUUGCUUAUCACUAAGUUUCUCUGUCUCGCUGCCUUGCGCCGAAGCCCAGAAAAUGAUCCAGAGCUCGAUGAGAACAAGGGAAUUGAAGGGCUUCUCACUCAAGUUUACAGUGGAGACGAAGCUGCUGUAGCUGCCAUGACAAAGAUCAUCCAAGGAUCUAAUGAAGUCUGUUCAUCCGUCAACGGCGAAGAACUUACCACAACCUUUGCCGACAUCAAGGCCAUUGCCCUUGCGCUGCCAACCACAUCUGUCGCCGAACCCACCGAGCUCGCAGAUGAAGAGACAACCCAAACCGAAGUCGCCGAAUAUCCUGUUCAAAGUGACCCAACUAUCGCUAACGCCGGUUUGACUGAAAUCGAUGACCCCGUCACAAGUGCAUUGAGCAAUGGCCACCAAUCACCAAGCUUCGAGGAAGCUCAAGGAAUUCCCCCAAAUUCAGCUUUUGGCGAAGGAGGAAAUGCUGCAGCUGAGGCAAAUUGGGAUAACAACAACGAUUUGUCUACAUCGCAAGAGUGGAUCGAGGUUCCUCGUGAAGCCACUGAGACAGAUGUCGGUGUUACUGCUACUCCUGCUGCCCCUUCUAACACUCAAAGCUGGGCCGAUGAGCAACCUGAGAGUCCUGGUUCAAAGACUCCUACCCCUCCAGUCAGCAACAAUGAUGGCUUCCAUGAAGUCAGCCGCAACCGUGGCCGUGGAGAUCAUCGAGGUGGUAGAGGUGGCCGAGGUCGUGGUGGCUUCAGAGGCGAUGGAUAUAGAGGACGCGGACGUGGUGCUCCUCGUGGUGCUCCUCGUGCCCCAAGAGGCGAGUCAUCAUAG